UUAUACGUAUAAUUAUACGUAUUAUUAUACGUAUAAUUAUACGUGUUUUUUUCAAUAGGGUUUAGUUGAGAAGAGAAAGUUUCUUUGUCAGCUUGCAGAACGUGAUACUGGUACGUCAAAUUUUUUUAUUUAUCUUUUAAAUUAAGUUAAUAAUUUGUGAUAUAAAGAUAUUUUAUCAAAAAUUAAUUAAUUAAUCAAUUAAAAGUAUUAUCUACAGUUUUCCGUACGUGUCAAUUUGUGUAUUAUAAAUAAUGUGUAUUCAGAGGUUAAAUUGUUCACACCGCAGUAAAUGUGAGCUAAUAAAAAACAUGGAAAUAUUUCAAUUAUAAGUGAUACAGCAAAAAAUUGAUAUUAAAGUAAUUAUUUGCUUAAAGCAGCAAUGUGAUAUAUUUCACGAAAAAUCGACACAUCAAAAUGAACAUUGUCAAAUUUGCUAAAAAUUUUUUUAUCUUUUUGUUGUCUACAAAAAAGAGAUCUAUGCUUUUUUUUAAAUUUUUUUAUCCAUCCUUUUACAGAUAUGAUUUUGAAGAAAAAAUAUUUUUUGAUUAUUCAUAACUACUAUCCUUGGAUGUUUUUAGAAAAGUUUAUACCAAAACUUCAUUGUUUAAUACAAAUUUUGAGCCCAGUCAUGUCAUGAGUAAAUGGUUUCUUCAAUUUUUUGGCAAUUUUUGAUAAUUUGAGUGUUUUCUCUUACAUAUUUCUGAUUUUACGGGGGAUUGCGAAGCGCUGACUACGAAAAUUAUAGUUACAAUCCGAGGAAACUUAAUUUUUGUGAUAAAAAUUUUUAUUUUAAUUUUUAUUUAUUUUAUUUUAUUUUUUUUUAAAUAUUAACUGCAAAUUUUACAGGUGCAGUACGUUAUAUGUACUUGAAAGAAUCAGACAUACGUACAUUUCAAGCUGGAAAGGAGAAAACAACGCCACUAGAAUUUGUUAAUCAAAAGCAGAAAACACAAAGUAUCUUAAAAGAUAAAUUGAAUGUUGGACCAACUCCUCAAAGAAGUGUUGAAAAUGCUGUUCCUAUUGUACAAAAAUUGCAAACUGAAAAAGAGAAUAACAUUCAACUCCAAGAUCUCACUCGUAACGAAAUCGCAUCGUCCACUGAAUCGUCAUCUCAAAACACUUCAACCGGUUCAUGUGCCACUCAAGGGAUCAAUUCUGGAAUAUCUUAUUGGACAUAUCCUCAAACUGCUGUUUCUAAAAUGUGCACACUGCAAAUGGGAAAGGAAAAGGUUGUAAAACUGACACUUUCUACUGGCAAGCCAAAUGUUGAACAACGCAUUUCACAAAAUAUGAAUGCUGAGGAAUCUGAUUCCAAAACUGUUGAAAAAGAUGAUGCUGAAGAGUUUGAGCAAAUGACAGAGUCAUGGGAGUAAAGUCUGAAGACCAUUUUUAUUACUAACCACGAACUGUGAUGUUACUUUUAAAUAUUAUUGAGUGCAAAUAUUAGUUUUUAAGAUUUGUGAGUUUGUUAAAGUUUGAUACUAUAAAGAUUAAACGAAAAGUGUACAUUAUUUUUACAUUUUUAUUACAAUCACUUGAAUGAGAGGGAGUGUCAGAAUAUAUGUGUGAUUUCAAUGUAUUCUGGUUAAAUACAUUCAGCGUGAUUCAAAUUAGUACCAUAUUCAACCGCUACGCUUUGUGAGCGUUGAAGUUAGUUCGGUCUUGCACCUAG